GCUGAGUUGCUGCAGUCAGCCGACAGAGGAAGAGUCUCAGUGGGUGCAGUUCAUGUUAGCCCGAGCGUCGCUGUUAGCAGCCAACGCUGAUAAGUGGUUAGUGUGUAGUUCUACGGCACAUUUCUGUUUAUUAAGCUAGACUCAGGGGUGUAAUCGAGGCUCUUCGACGACUGCUGCGCCAAGAUGAGCUUCUUGUUUGGCAGUCGCUCAUCUAAAACCUUCAAGCCGAAGAAGAACAUCCCAGAGGGCUCCCACCAGUAUGAGCUGCUGAAACACGCCGAGGCAACGCUGGGCAGCGGCAACCUGAGACAGGCUGUCAUGCUGCCAGAGGGAGAAGAUCUCAAUGAAUGGAUCGCUGUCAACACGGUGGAUUUCUUCAACCAGAUCAACAUGCUGUACGGCACCAUCACUGAGUUCUGCACUGAGACGAGCUGCUCUGUGAUGUCUGCAGGACCGAGAUAUGAAUAUCACUGGGCUGAUGGCACCAAUAUUAAAAAGCCCAUCAAAUGCUCUGCGCCCAAGUACAUCGACUAUUUGAUGACCUGGGUGCAGGAUCAACUGGAUGAUGAGACACUUUUCCCCUCCAAGAUUGGAGUCCCCUUUCCCAAGAAUUUCAUGUCCGUGGCCAAAACCAUCCUGAAGCGCCUGUUCAGAGUUUACGCUCACAUCUACCACCAACAUUUUGACUCCGUGAUGCAGCUGCAAGAGGAGGCUCACCUCAACACCUCCUUCAAGCACUUCAUUUUCUUUGUUCAGGAGUUCAACCUCAUUGACAGGCGAGAGCUUGCUCCUCUGCAGGACUUGAUCGAGAAGCUCGGGUCCAAGGACAGAUAGACAUUUCAUCACACGUCUCUUGUUUUUCCUUUUUUUUUACAGUUUCUUUUUUCUCCUUUGUCCCUGUCUGUGACCUCUUCUACCUCUAUGACUUCUAGCCUCAACUCUUAAAAUCUGUGCCUUCUUCUUUACAUUUCCUGAAUGUUUGUACUGUACUUCUUGUUAUAUUCCUUUCCGUUCUCUUGGAUGCUGUCUUUGAGCCCUUUUUUCCCCCCAUUUUAGCCUCUUUAGAUCAUAUAAAAUAGUGUAGGAGGAGUACAAAUAUUUUUUCACAGGACUGUGGUUAACGACUCUGUAAGAGCAACCUACUGAAUUUUAUAUUGGACCAAUGACAUUUGGAAGUUAAAGUGAAAAGCCGCUUUUCAGAAGUUGUUGGACAGUGUUUUCAUGGUCUACACACUUACUAGUUGAUUCCUUUUAGAUUUUUUUUUACAUGUCUGUCAUUGAUGUACAGAGGAGAGUAGCAAGAAUGACGGCAAGAAAAGUAGUGACAUUAAAUAGGUCUUGGGUGGACGUUUGUAAACAUAAUAAUACAUGACGGCAGGCACAAAAACACACCAGGAUACAGUAUAAAUCUCUGUCACAAGCUGGUGCUCUAGCUGAUAUCCUACAUGUGCUAACACGGUUCCUAUUGACUCGCUCAGUGACAGAUAACUCUGAGAGGCCUUUGUUCUCUUUCCACAAAAAUCACCAUCGACUGCAUACAGCUAUUUCAGUUUGGUCAUCCAAUAUUGUGUUUGCACAGUUUUUCGGCUGUUUUUCUUGAAUAGUACAAUGUGAGAUAUAGUGAUACCUUUUUAUCUGCUAUUUAGUAAUUAUUAAUAGCCACUUAGAGCUUAUAAAAUGGCCCUAAAAGCUGUUCAGUGUCCAUCCUGCCAACAGCAAAAGUAGUCAAAUGUGAAUUUUUAUUUUUACAAUCAUUUCAGUUCAUUUCUGUGGUUUCGAUCAGUUAUGGAUUUUUUUUUGUUUUGUUGUUUCAAUGCUGGUACUUUUUCCCACUAAAUAAAUCCCCCCUUGAUUGGAAAAUAGAGUAAUAACUAUUGUACCUGUACACCUAAGAUGUAUGUAGUUUUUCAAAGUGUUUAUUAGCCUUUAGUGCAUUUAUAAUUCUCAUGGUCAUUUCCUUCACUUAUUGUGGCAACAGCAGCAGGGCUGUUUGUACUGCCAUCCAUUCAAAAACCGAUGCAGCUAAUAUUCCUGAUGAACGUUUCGCCUGGCAAAGUCUGAUCAAGGGAACUGGUUCAUAACCUGCUUUGUACUGGACCUAAAUUAAUAUCAGACAAUUGUGUAGCCAAUUAUGACGAGUUAAUGUCUUAAAUGGAUCACCAGGAAAUAACCAAUGGAAUCAGAGGCAGCAGAGUGUUCAUUUUAUACUUUAGACGAUUCUGUAAGCUUUCUCGUAAUGUGAAUUUUUUUUUAAAAUCUACUUUAAGGUCCACAAUUUGCUCGGCAAAAAGUAAAAAUAAAAAAUCAAGCCAGCAUCCUUGAAGUCAUGUCUGCAGGCCAUCCAUUACUUUCUAUACUCGAUCACAUAUUUUUGAAAUGUAUUGCUUUUCUCACGGUUUUAUUUGUAAGCUUUUGGUAUGGAGUUACAUUUCAUAUUACAUUGUAAAAAUGUUGGCUUUCUCUUUUGAAUCAUAUAAGCAACAAGGGCUUUGAAAUGAAUUAAAAGUUUUUACGUUUAUUUACAAUAUUGGUCCAAUCGUCAGGUGGUCAAUCAGACUUUGAGGAGUCACAGGAUGUCUGUACCACGUCCACACAUUUGCUGUAAAUAAGAUCAGUGUUUUAUCUGAACAAAACUGUGCCUUACAAUAACGAAAAUGUCUGAUAAGACAGUAUUGACAGAUCAAAAACUCAAUAAACACUGAAAGGAC